AUGCAACUAUAUUAUCGAUUUUCACAUGUACAUCUAGUGCAUUUAAACCCUUUCAUCUACUUAACCUUGUUUUAAACUUAACAAAUACCGAUUUUUUAAUGAUUAUUCAUUUGAAAAGCGCUCUCUAUAUACAGUUGUUCGAAAGUGGUCUAUAUUUUCAAAACAAUUGAAAAGCAACAGGUGCAACAUGAAGACGUGAAUGACCUAAAUUCAAAACAUGUACAAUUUCAAAGUGCGAUACUGUUUUAUACUCGGUUUAAUUCUAGGUAUUUCAAUUAAGUUAGUACUUCAUCAACAAAAGUCUGAUAUUAUCAUUAAGCAGAAUCCCUACGAGCAAUGGUUUUGGAACACAACUUACAGGUUAAAUAAAACAAUUGACGAAAUUCGCUAUGGACUCAAUCAUAGUAGACUUGAGUCAGAAUUUCUGUUCAAUUCAAUUACCAUUCUGUGUGUGAUACUUGUCUCCAAGGUGAGCAACUAUGAAGCUGCUAAGGCAACUUGGGCCAAAGGCUGCAAUAAGAUUGCGAUAGUUAGUUUGGAGAAGAAACCAUUUGUAUCUGCAUACAAGGGUAGGGAAUCUUCGAAAUGGGUGCGACUUUGUCAGGAACUGCCUCAGUUAGACAAUGCAUUUCAAUGGACCUUAUUUGUCUAUGAUUCUAGUUUUGUAGUGAUGGAGAAUUUGAGGUAUAUGUUAGCUGGAAAGGAUCAUAGAGAAAUGCACUACUUGGGUCAUCCUGUUACAUAUUGGAAUGUUCAAUAUAACAUGGGAAAGGCUGGGUAUGUUUUGAGCCAAGGAAGUUUGCAGAAAGUUCAGGAUAAAGUGAAGGAUAUUAACUGUUCCAAGGAGACAUCUUUCUUGAAUCAAGAAGAUCUUUAUUUAGGCAAAUACAUGGCUUCUCUGAACAUCAAACCUGAAGAUACAAGGGAUUCCAAAGGUCUUAGCAGAUUUUAUGCUUACAAUUGGUACCAAGAGUUACUACCAGGAAUGAAUUACUACAAAACAAGUGUCCAUUCCCAUAAAUGUUGCAGUGAAAAGGCUAUUUCAUUCCAAUCUAUUGAAGCUGACAAAAUGUACACAUAUUAUUAUUUGUUGUACAAAUUGCAACUAUUUAAAAGUGGCUCCUUGGGAUCUAAACCACCGACACCUAUAGACAAAAAUUCAGUUUGGAAAUCGUUUUUGAAAGAACGCGGGAUUGAGAAUGAUCAAAUUUCUUCUGACGAAUAUUACAGAGCCUGGGAGGAUUUAAUACAUGAUCCAGAUAGUUUUGGACAGCAAUUCAAACCUGAUCAUUAAAAUGCUAACAUGGAAAGAACUCUCAUUUCUUCAGAAUUAAUUGUUUAAGAAGUAAAUUCCGUCCAUAUGAAAGUUUAUACGUUGCGACAAAGAAAGUUCUACUUUGCGCGCAAGUUUCACGUAACAAAACUUUAUAGAUUUUAAGAAAUUUUUUUAUGAUCUCUUUCACAAUUUUCGUUAU